AUGGCACCACUCCUUCCCUCUCCAGUGCCCACAUGGCACAACGAUACUUACGCAUCGAUCGACCCAACCAAAGGCGCCUUGAGCCAGAAAGGAAAAACAGUCAUCAUAACUGGCGCAGGCUCCGGGAUAGGUCGCGCUACUGCCAUAGCAUUCUCGCAAGCAAAUGCGGAUCAUAUCGUUCUAACAGGCCGCACGGAGUCAAAGUUGCGGGAGACCGAGUCCCUAAUCCGAUAUAGCAACAAAGAUGUGCAACUCUCCAUCGUCGUAGGCUCCGUUACCGACGAAACUCAAAUGAAGGAAGCCGCCUCUAACAUUGGUCCUUGGGACAUUCUGAUCCUGAACGCGGCGGUAGUCAACGACCCCAAACCAAUCCUGUCGCAGAGCGUCGAGGAAGCAUGGUCUGUAGUCGAGACAAACUUCAAGUCAAUUUUCGUAAUGGCGCACGCUUUUCUCGGCUCCGCAAAGGAAAGCGCGGGUUUGUUUAAUAUAGGCGCGGCGGGGAGUGCUUUGCCCGCGCGUGUAGCACCCAACAUCGGCCCAUAUGUGUCGAGCAAAGCGGGUGUGGCCAAGUUGGUAGAGCAUUUGGCGAUUGAGAACUCUCAGGUGCUGAUGUGUACCGUUCACCCGGGGGUCAUCCCUACGCCCAUGUUGCAGAAGAGCGGAAUGGAUGAAAGCAGUUUGCCUUUCGAUACUGUCGAGCUGGCUGCGCACUUCCUGGUUUGGCUUUCACAGACUGAGAAGACGCGCUUUCUUCAUGGCAAAUAUGUAUAUGCGAAUUCAGAUGUCGAUGAACUAUCCGCAAAGGCCCAGGAUAUCAAGGUUUCGGAUGAGAAUACGACUGGUGUCAUCGGUUGGCCCUUUGGAUAUGAAGUCAAAUUCUGA